CGUGUUUCUAGUCGGUAGCCUAGCGGUGUGACACACGGCUUUCACGUGGGGCACAGUGCUUUACUUGGCAUCGUUAUCGGAAGAAGCAGCUGUAUUUAAACCUAGCACAACCCAAACACUGCUUCUGGAGAACCUCCUGUCCUGCACCUUUUAGCCUUUUCCCUGCUCCAGAUCACUUCAGCUCAAGAACAGCUGAUUACCUGAUUAGUUGAGUCAGGAUGCCUAAAAAAGGCAGAGCAGCAGGAAUCUGUCCUGAGGAGAAGAAGGAGGAGGACCACAUGGAAGUGGCUGCUAAACACAGGAAGACGGACUCUGCCAGUCCUGCAUCUCCUCUGUGCUUCGACUCUCCAGCCAGCCUCUUCCAGAGUCUGAUCUCACCCAUGACUGCAGACGAGUUCUUCCGUGAGUACUGGGAGAAGAAACCGUUGCUGCUGCAGAGAUCAGACCCAGCACUCGUGUCUUACUACCAGUCCCUCUUUCAGCUGUCGGAUCUUAAACAGCUGUGUGUCCAGGGCCUGGAGUACGGCCAAGAUCUGAACGUUAUGCGCUGCGUAAACGGCAACAAGUUGGUGAUGAACCAUGAAGGGAGAGUGAAAUACAGCCAGCUGAGAAAAGAUUUUAAUCAUAAGAAAGCUACUAUUCAGUUCCACCAGCCACAGAGGUUUAAGGAUGAGCUGUGGCAUAUCCAGGAGCGUCUAGAGUGUUUCUUCGGGUCACUGGUCGGAUCCAACGUCUACAUCACACCUGAGGAUUCUCAGGGUCUGCCGCCUCACUACGAUGAUGUGGAGGUCUUUAUUCUGCAGUUGGAGGGUCAGAAGCACUGGCGCCUGUACGAGCCGACUGUCCCACUGGCCCGCGAGUUCGGCACAGAGCCCGAGGAGAGCAUCGGAAAGCCCACUCAUGACAUCAUCCUCAAGGCAGGUGAUCUGCUUUACUUCCCCAGAGGAACCAUACACCAGGCAGACACACCCGCAGGAGUGGAGCACUCCACACACCUCACUCUCAGCACAUAUCAAAUCAUGUCAUGGGGUGACCUCGUUUUGGACGUCUUCCCAGGUUUGAUGAUGGACUCUAUGAAGAAUGACAUCAACUUGCGUCAAGGUUUACCCAGAAACCUUCUUACUUCUGCACACACAGGCUCUGAGGUAAAGAAGCAGGUGUGUAUGAUUCUGAGGAGUCUAGCGGCACGACUGGAGCAGGAUGAACAGGAUCUGCGUUCCUCCGAGAUGAGGAGAGACUUCAUCUUCAACAGACUCCCGCCUUACCACUUGCAGGAGGAAGACCUCGCUCCAGUUGGAAAGCUGCCAACGCUGGAGGACUCGGUGUGUGUGAGGUUCAGAGAGCACAUUGUUCUGACACUCGAGCCCAGUCCAGACAACACAGAUGAAGCUAUGAAGUUGGCUGCAUUCGUGCUGCACUCGCUGAGGAACAAAAGGGAGACGCACAUGAUGGGGUCUCGGGAUCAUCCUGAAGAGGAAGAUGAUGAGGAUGAGGAUGAUGAUGAGGAGGAGGAAGAGAAGGCAGUACAGGGUCUGGACUUUCCCAUGUCACACCUCGCUGCUCUGCAGCAGCUCCUGAGCGGAGAGCGACUCCGUGUGGCUGAUCUGCCACUGGAGCAGGACGCUGAUAAACUGGGCAUGGUGCUGGGUCUCUGGACACAGGGUUUACUGCAGGUCUGCUAACUAGACCUGCUGAUAUUUGUACAAAAUUGAAUAAGAUUGAAAAAAAUAAAUAAAUAAUUGCUAUUCCUUGGGAUAAAAAAAAAAGCAAUCUUCUGCCAUGUGAAGAGAAUUGUCUGAGGUGUAAUUUGCCUCAGAUGAAUGCCAUUAUGCUGCCUAUUGAAAUGAAAGCACCAGUGAUCAUGUAAAGUGUACAACUGAUAAUCAGGACAUUUCUCAAGGGUGACCUCAUCUCCCAGUGUGUGAACUUGUACAUCCAAGCUUUGCAUCUUUGGACUGUCAGUACAGGACCAAGCUGCCUUAACCAGUCGGGAUAUCAGCAGAUGGACGUAAUUGGUAGAGUGGGAGAGUGACACAUGAGAGUGUGUGUAACAGGAGAGGUAUUCUUCUGGUACAUACUGUGCUAUUGUGUAGUGAUGCUAGCAGCGGGUCUGAGUGACGUGUAGCGAGGAUCCUCUCGGUACCAUUGUGAGAACAUCAC